AUGAAGAAUCAUACUGUUUUUUUCCUUUUCUUUUUUUUGGUACUUAUUUUUUAUAUAUUUCACAUUGAGGGUAUUUAUUUAAACAAAAAUUCUCUUACAAAUGACAAAAACAUUUUGAUUUGUGAUAAUAGUAUACAUGGCAAAUCAAUCAAAAUAAAUAAUAAAAAAAAAACAUCAGAUAUGCUUCCCUCCCAUAUGGAACAGAGAAUAAAAAAUAAGAGUAAGACAUUUUUUAUAGAUGGAGGAAAGAAUUUGCAUCUUUUUUCAAAAAAAAAAAGAAAUAUACAUAAUUCAAAUGGAAAUAAGGCAAGAAAUUCAAAUGUAUUAUAUGCAGAAGAUUAUAAAAUAAAUUUAACAGAAAAACCAUUAAUUGAAGAUGUACCUCGAAAUGUUAAAGGAAGGAUAAAUGAAUGGAUAAAUGAAUUUGAUGAAAAUAAUACUUUGGGAUUUUUUCCGAUUCUAUUAGAAGAAAUGUCUAAUGAACCAUCACCUUUGCAAGUUGGAUUUGAAGAUUAUAUGCAGUUUAAUGGAGAACAUGUAGAAGAAAUAUUUAAAAAUAUGACACGAGAAGUUGUUAUAAAUGGAGAAAAGAAAAAAAUAUUUGGAAUGUGUUUUUUUAAUCAUAAAACAGGAGUCCUAGCUCCUUUAGCUAUAUAUGCAGAAAUUAAAGAUGUAACAAAGGUAGGUAAUAAUCUUGCUGUUAAAGGUUUAGUUAGAGGUCGUGUAAUUAUUGAUGAAAUUGUAAGUCAAGAACCAUGUAUUUUAGGUAAAAUUUCACCUAUAGAAGAUAAAAAAGGUUUAGUUGAACCCGAAGAAAGUUUAAAAAUUAUAGAUGAAAUUAUUAGAAUACAUACACAAUGUUCCAAUAUGGAAUCACAAUUAAUGGAACAACUCGAUCAAUCCUUUGCAUCUAUGAAUAUCAAAUUAAGAAAUGAUUUAAAAGAAUCUAUUGAUGCUAAAUUAGAAAAAUUCCAAAUUGAUCCAUCAGAUGUUGAACAAAGACAAGCAUUCGUUCAAAUGGCUUCUUUUGCUGCUUUCGAUUUCCAUCUUAUGAUUGUAGAUAGAUACGAUGCUCUUAUGUUGCAAAAUUCCGAAGAUAGAUUAAGAUUUGUUAGAGAUAAAAUCAGGCAAAAACAAAAACAACUAGCCAUCAUUAAAAAUACACCAAAAGAUAAAUUACAUGAAAUAUUGCAACAAGUACAAAAUCUAAAAAAUCAAAAUAUGCAACCACCUAAUUUUCCCAAAAAUGAAAAUUAA